AUGCCAAGUCCAGUUGUUCAUAUUAGUUUUGCACUAGGAUUUGGAACAUUUAUUAUGACAUUGACGAAAGGAUCUUUUACAGCUAUUCAUUGUCUUAUAUUAUCUUUAAAUGCAUUUUUUGGACCUGAUAUUGGAACUUUUCUAGGUUGGUGCUUAUCAAUUACAUUUCCUGCAUUGGCUGAUCAAGCUAUGGCAUGGAUUCAUGAUAGUAUUGGAUAUAUUAUAAUAAUUGCACCUAUUCAAGCUAUUUUAUGUUCGAAAUUAUCGAAAAAAUUUAUUGAUUGGAAAUAUUCAAGAUCUUUUAAUAAUGAUUUAGAUGAUGUUAAUAUAGAACAAAUAAAUAAAAAUUUAAUAUCUUUAAAUAUAAAAGAUUGUUAUUUAUUAGCAGUUGCUGGUUGUAUAUUACAUUUUCAAUUAGAUCAUAUAUUCGAAGAAAAUGGUCAAAAUAAACUUUAUCUAUGGAUUUUAUCAACUGGAUAUUUUACAAAACCAACACCUCCAUUUUUACCUUUAUCUGUUAUUUUUGUUGGUGUAUGUACAUGUACAUUAUUUUUUGGAUUUGCUUGGAUUCAUUUAUUUUCAUCUACAAUUUCAAAACAAACUUUGACAAUUAAAUUAAAAUAUACAUUCAGUUUAUUUUUAGCUAUUUUUAGUAUAUAUAUUAGUUAUUUAUUUAUAUCACAAAUUAUUCUUGGAAAAAAAGCUGUUAUUGGAGAAGAAGCAGAUUUAGGUGUAUUAACUUUUAUCAUUAUAUUUCAUUUUUUACCUUUUAUUUUAUGUCUACUUUCGAUACAUAACUAA